AAAUUUCACAUGUUAUCUAUGUGUGUAUAUAUAUAAUGGAGUGUGGUUGGAAGAUGAGAAAUUAAGCUGGACCAUGGGUACCACUAUCAUUUCCCCGACUUUCCUCUCUGCUUGUCUUCUUCUUUUAUGCCUUGUCUGCUGUUUGAAGGAGGGGUAUGGCUUGGAACGGAGAGCAACUGCAGAGAGCCACCACCUUGAGCACAGCCAUACGAUCCAAGUCACUUCUCUUCUGCCCUCCUCUAUUUGCAGCCCCGCAACCAAAGAAUUGAAUAAAAAGUCAUCUUUACGAGUUGUCCACAAGCAUGGUCCAUGCUCCCAACUCCAUCGUCAAGAUAAAGCAAACAUCCCCACUGACGCCGAGAUCCUUCGACAAGAUGAAGCCCGGGUCAAGUCCAUUCACUUGAAACUUGCCAGGAGCUCAGGCUCGAGCAAUGUCGACCAGAUUGAUGCAACCAACCUCCCUGCCAAGGAUGGUAGCGUGGUGGGGUCAGGCAAUUACGUAGUUACCGUGGGUCUAGGCACCCCGAAGAAAGAUUUAACUCUCAUAUUUGAUACUGGAAGUGACAUCACAUGGACACAAUGUCAGCCUUGCGCAGGAAGUUGUUAUCAACAGCUGGAUCCAGUGUUUGCUCCUUCCCAAUCCUCAACAUAUUCCAACAUUUCAUGCAACUCAACAACCUGCAAUUCACUGGCUUCUGCAACAGGUAUUAAACCUAGAUGUUCGUCUGCUUGUGUCUAUGGCAUUCAAUACGGAGACAUGUCUUUUUCAAUUGGAUUCUUUGCUAAAGAAACGCUCACCUUGACAUCAUCUGAUGUAUUCAAGGACUUUCUAUUUGGCUGUGGCCAAAACAAUCAAGGUCUUUUCCGAGGAGCUGCUGGUUUGAUAGGACUUGGACGAGAUAAAUUAUCUCUACCUUCACAAACAGCCUUAAAAUACAAGGGAGUCUUCUCCUAUUGCUUGCCGUCAUCUGCCAGCUCAACUGGUUUCCUCAGUUUUGGCGACACUGGUGCCUCAAAAUCCGUAAAAUUCAUAACAUUGUCCACAGUCUCCCAACGUUCAGCCUUUUACGGAAUUGACAUUACUGGAAUAAGUGUUGGUGGACAAAAACUAUCAAUUGCAGCCUCUGUUUUCACUGCUGGUAGUGCCAUCAUUGACUCUGGAACUGUCAUCACCCGGCUACCGCCCACAGCCUACGCGGCACUGAGCUCAGAAUUUAAGAAACAGAUGAGCCAAUAUCCAAUGGCACCAGCUUCAAAGCUGCUGGACACAUGCUAUGACUUUACCAAGUAUUCUUCAGUUAACGUACCUAAGAUUAGCUUCUUCUUCAGCGGGGGUGUUGAGGUGCCUAUUGCAGCUGAGGGAAUAUUUUUCGUUAGAAGUAUCUCACAAGUGUGCCUAGCGUUUGCCCGCAACAAUAAUGACACAGAUAUAGGGAUCUUUGGGAAUACACAGCAAAAGACACUUCAAGUGGUAUACGAUGUUGCUGGUGGGAGGCUUGGGUUUGCUACAGGGGGAUGCACCUAAGUUUUCAAAGCUAAUUGAGAAGAAAAUCUUCGAGUUAGCUGUCAAAUCAUAAGUCAUAUAAUAUAAUAGUAAGUUUGGCUUAAGAUUGAAAUAAUCGAUGCACUAGUAAAACUUAUCAGUACUCUACUCCCUAGGUGGAUACUUGUCUGCUUUGUUUACCCAUCUAUCAUUCAGGAAAAUAAAUUGUUCGCUGCAGAAUUAUGUUCAAUGAUGUAUGAUUUUGUAUGGAAAUGUUAAACCUCCAAAUCUUA